AUGAUGAUUGAGGAGGGAGAUCGUCAGGAGCUUCAGAGAAUCGCUACUUCAAUCUCACAGCGACGACAAAGCUUGGCUGCUGUUUCAUCUGGUAUCCCCGAUCUCACUCCUGAUGCGCAAGAUCCUGCCUUGGACCCUACCAGCAAAGAUUUCGACCUUGCCCAAUGGCUACCUCAUUUCAUGCAACAACUCCAAGAAGGGGGCGUGAGUCUCAAGGCCGCGGGUGUCGCUUACAAGGAUCUCAGUGUCUCAGGCACUGGCGCUGCUCUUCAGCUUCAACAGACCCUCGCCGACGUUAUCCAAGCCCCGAUGCGCAUUGGAGAGCAUCUCAGCUUUGGAAAGAAGGAGCCGAAGAGGAUUCUUAAUCAAUUUGAUGGUCUUCUUCGCGGUGGUGAGCUGCUGAUUGUUCUGGGCCGACCUGGUUCGGGAUGCAGCACGCUGCUGAAGACCAUCACUGGUGAACUCGAGGGAUUAGGCAUUGGAGAGUCAUCGAAUAUCCAUUACAACGGCAUCUCUCAGAAGGAUAUGAUGAAGGAGUUCAAGGGCGAGACCACAUACAACCAAGAGGCAAGUAUCUCGACAUCAACGGUCGACAAGCAUUUCCCCCAUCUUACCGUCGGCCAAACCCUCGAAUUCGCAGCUGCUUGCCGCAUGCCUUCCAACCGCGCCCUUCUCAUCGGCCAGUCCCGCGAAGAGUCUUGCACGAUUGCGACCAAGAUUGUCAUGGCGGUCUGUGGUCUCAGCCACACCUACAACACCAAGGUCGGCAACGACUUUAUCCGUGGUGUCUCGGGAGGAGAGAGGAAGCGUGUGAGUAUCGCGGAGAUGAUCCUCGCGCAGUCGCCCCUGGCUGCAUGGGACAACAGUACACGCGGUUUGGAUUCGGCGACAGCUUUGAAGUUUGCCCAGACCAUUCGUCUAGCUGCCGACUAUACCCGCGGCGCCCACGCCAUGGCCAUCUACCAAGCCAGCCAAGCCAUCUACGACCUAUUCGACAAGGCGGUCGUCUUGUACGAAGGCCGACAGAUCUACUUUGGUCCCGCAGCUGAGGCCAAGGACUACUUUGAGCGAAUGGGCUGGCUUUGCCCUCAGCGCCAGACCACAGGCGACUUCCUGACCUCUGUCACCAACCCCCAGGAGCGUCAGAUCCGACCGGGUAUGGAGAACCGGGUGCCUCGUACUCCUGAAGAGUUUGAGACUUAUUGGCUCAACUCUCCUGAGUACAAGGCUCUGAAGGAGCAGAUUGAGCUGUACCAGCAGGAGUUUCCCAUCGAUCCCAGGUCUGGUGCCAUUCAAGAGUUGAGAGAACAAAAGAACUUACGACAAGCAAAGCACGUCCGCCCCAAGUCUCCCUACAUCAUCAGCCUGGCAACUCAGAUCAAGCUCACCACCAAGCGAGCUUACCAACGCAUCUGGAACGAUCUCUCUGCCACAGCAACCAGUGUCUCCACCAACAUCAUCAUGGCUCUCAUUAUCGGUUCUGUCUUUUACGACACCCCCGAUGCAACUGUCGGCUUCUACUCGAAGGGCGCUGUUCUCUUCAUGGCUAUUCUCAUGAACGCUCUCACUGCUAUUUCCGAAAUCAACAACCUCUACGAACAACGACCCAUUGUUGAGAAACACGCCUCUUACGCAUUUUAUCACCCAGCUGCCGAAGCCAUAUCAGGUAUUGUCUCGGAUAUACCGAUCAAGUUCAUCACGGGAACCGUUUUCAACAUCAUUCUCUACUUCAUGGCUGGACUGCGCCGGGAGCCUGGCCAGUUCUUCCUCUACUUCCUCAUCACGUAUCUCUGCACCUUUGUCAUGUCGGCCAUCUUUCGAACUCUCGCUGCCAUCACAAAGACGGUUUCUCAAGCUAUGUUGCUUGCUGGUGUCAUGGUCUUGGCCCUUGUUAUUUACACUGGUUUCAUGAUUCGUGUGCCUCAGAUGCAUGACUGGUUUAGUUGGAUCAGGUGGAUCAACCCGAUUUUCUAUGGCUUCGAGAUCCUCAUCGCCAAUGAAUUCCACGGCCGAAACUUCACCUGCUCGUCCAUCAUCCCAGCAUACACACCCCUCUCCGGUGACUCAUGGAUCUGUUCUGCCGUGGGCGCUGUGGCUGGCGAGUACACUGUCAACGGUGACUCCUUCAUCGAGACCAACUACAAGUACUACUACUCGCAUGUUUGGCGCAACCUCGGCAUCCUCUUCGCUUUCCUCAUCGGUUUCAUGAUCAUAUACUUUGUCGCGACUGAGCUCAACUCCAAGACCGCGAGCAAGGCUGAGGUUCUCGUCUUCCAGCGUGGUCAUGUUCCCGCCCACCUUCAGGGCGGUGUCGACAGGAGCGCUGUCAACGAGGAACUCGCCGUGUCCCGAGACUCGGAUGCUGGAACUCUUCCCGCCAUGGAGCCACAGACUGAUAUCUUUACCUGGAAGGAUCUUGUCUAUGACAUUGAGAUCAAGGGUGAACCCAGAAGGCUUUUGGAUAACGUUACUGGAUGGGUCAAGCCCGGUACUCUUACUGCUCUGAUGGGUGUGAGUGGUGCUGGAAAGACUACUCUCUUAGAUGUGCUCGCUCAGCGAACUACUAUGGGUGUUAUCACUGGUGAUCUGUUCGUCAAUGGACAACCCCUGGACGCCAGUUUCCAGCGAAAGACUGGCUAUGUUCAGCAGCAGGAUCUUCACCUUGACACCUCUACCGUCCGCGAGAGUCUCCGCUUCAGCGCCAUGCUCCGCCAGCCCAAGUCCGUCAGCACCGAAGAAAAGCACAAGUGGGUCGAAGAAGUCAUCGACAUGCUCAACAUGAGAGACUUUGCCAACGCAGUCGUCGGCGUCCCCGGUGAAGGCCUCAACGUGGAGCAACGCAAGCUUCUGACAAUCGGCGUCGAACUCGCCGCCAAGCCAAAGCUCCUCCUGUUCCUCGAUGAGCCAACCAGUGGUCUUGACUCUCAGAGCUCUUGGGCUAUUGUUGCGUUCUUGAGGAAGCUUGCGGAUGCGGGUCAGGCUAUUCUUUGCACUGUGCAUCAGCCCAGUGCUGUCCUCUUUCAGCAAUUCGAUCGUCUGCUCUUCUUGGCUCGUGGUGGCAAGACUGUCUAUUUCGGCGACAUUGGUGCCAACUCUCGCAAGCUCCUCACCUACUUCCAGAACAACGGCGCCCGGGCUUGUGGAGACGAGGAGAACCCCGCUGAAUGGAUGCUUGAGAUUGUCAAUAACGGUACCAACGCUUCUGGUGAAGAUUGGCACAGCGUGUGGAAGGCGAGUCAAGAGCGAGCCGACGUUUACGCUGAAGUUGAUCGAAUCCACAUGGAAAAGCCGAACCCUUCAGGCAACCAAGAUACCGCUGAUAGCCACUCUGAGUUUGCCAUGCCUUUUGCUGAUCAGCUUCGGGAGGUGACGGUUCGAGUUUUCCAGCAAUACUGGAGAAUGCCAUCGUACAUCCUGUCCAAGCUCAUGCUCGGAACUAUCGCUGGUCUCUUUGUUGGCUUUUCUUUCUGGAAGGCUGAUGGUACUCUUGCUGGCAUGCAGAACAUUUUGUUUGCGGUUUUCAUGAUCAUCACCAUUUUCUCUACCAUCGUUCAACAGAUCCAACCUCACUUCGUCACCCAACGCUCCCUUUACGAAGUCCGCGAGCGCCCUAGCAAGGCCUAUUCCUGGAAAGCCUUCAUGAUCGCCAACGUCAUCGUCGAAAUUCCCUAUCAAAUCCUUACUGGUAUCCUCAUCUUUGCGACAUUCUACUACCCCAUCGUCGGUAUCCAAAGCUCAGCCCGCCAAGGCCUCGUCCUUCUAUUCAUGAUCCAGCUCCUUCUCUAUGCCUCCUCCUUUGCCCAGAUGACUAUCGCCGCUCUUCCCGACGCACUCACUGCCUCUGGAAUCGUCACUCUCUUGGUUCUCCUCUCCUUGACCUUCUGUGGUGUCAUGCAGUCCCCAACAGCCCUCCCCGGUUUCUGGAUCUUCAUGUACCGAGUCAGUCCUUUCACCUAUUGGGUUGCAGGCAUUGUUUCCACCCAACUGGCUGGCCGAGCCGUCACCUGUUCCGCGGCCGAAACAUCCAUCUUCAACCCACCCGACAACCAGACCUGUGGCGAAUACAUGACCGACUACCUCAAGAUGGCACCUGGACAGCUUCAGAAUCCAGAUGCCCGAGAGAACUGCAGUUACUGCUCGCUCACCAACGCCGACCAAUUUAUGGCCGGUAGCAACAUCUACAACAGCGAACGCUGGCGCAACUUCGGCAUCGUUUGGGUGUACAUUGUGUUUAAUAUCUUUGUUGCUGUUGUUUCUUAUUACUUGUUCCGCGUCAAGAAGUGGAACAUGGGAAAGAAGAAGAAGGCUUGA